UCCACCGCCCAGGAAAAGAGCGAGCGGGCAGGCAGCACCGGGGCAGAACCGGACUGUGCGGGGUCCUUAGAGGCCGGUCCCGGUCGGCGCCGCUCCCAGGGCUAUGGUGCGGGCAGAGCUCUGGGCGAUCCCCAGUCUCCUUCGAGCUCUUUUCCCUUGCUACUCGGAGCUGAUUUAUGCGGAAACAUGCCUUGCACUUGUACCUGGAGGAACUGGAGACAGUGGAUUCGACCUUUAGCGGUGGUCAUCUACCUGGUGUCCAUAGUGGUGGCCGUUCCCCUGUGCGUGUGGGAAUUACAGAAACUGGAGGUUGGAAUCCACACCAAGGCUUGGUUUAUUGCUGUUAUCUUUUUGCUGUUGACCAUACCUAUAUCACUCUGGGGGAUAUUGCAACAUUUAGUGCAUUAUACACAACCUGAACUACAGAAACCAAUAAUAAGGAUUCUUUGGAUGGUACCCAUAUACAGUUUAGAUAGUUGGAUAGCUUUGAAAUAUCCUAGCAUUGCAAUAUAUGUGGAUACCUGCAGAGAAUGUUAUGAAGCUUAUGUCAUUUACAACUUCAUGGGAUUUCUUACCAAUUAUCUAACUAACCGGUAUCCAAAUCUGGUAUUAAUCCUUGAGGCCAAAGAUCAGCAGAAACAUUUCCCUCCUUUAUGUUGCUGUCCACCAUGGACUAUGGGAGAAGUAUUGCUCUUCAGGUGCAAACUGGGUGUCUUGCAGUACACAGUUGUCAGACCGUUCACCACCAUUGUUGCUUUAAUCUGUGAGCUGCUUGGUAUAUACGAUGAAGGAAACUUUAGUUUUUCAAAUGCUUGGACAUACUUGGUUAUAAUAAACAAUAUGUCACAAUUAUUUGCCAUGUACUGUCUUCUGCUGUUUUAUAAAAUCCUGAAGGAAGAACUGAGUCCAAUCCAACCGGUUGGCAAAUUUCUUUGUGUAAAGCUAGUGGUUUUUGUUUCUUUUUGGCAAGCAGUAGUUAUUGCAUUGUUGGUAAAAGUUGGCGUUAUUUCUGAAAAGCAUACAUGGGAAUGGCAAACUGUAGAGGCUGUGGCUACAGGACUCCAGGACUUCAUUAUCUGUAUUGAGAUGUUCCUUGCUGCUAUUGCUCAUCACUACACCUUCUCAUAUAAACCGUAUGUCCAAGAAGCAGAAGAGGGUUCAUGCUUUGAUUCCUUUCUUGCCAUGUGGGAUGUUUCAGAUAUUCGGGAUGAUAUUUCUGAACAAGUAAGGCAUGUUGGAAGGACCGUCAUGGGACAUCCUAGGAAAAAAUUUUUUCCUGAGGAUCAAGAUCAAAGUGAACAUACGAGCUUGUUAUCAUCAUCAUCACAAGAUGCAAUUUCUGUUGCCUCUUCUGUGCCACCUUCACCCAUGGGUCACUACCAAGGGUUUGGACACACUGUGACUCCCCAGACUACACCUACUACAGCUAAUUUAUCUGAUGAAAUAUGUAAUAACACUACAGGAGAGAAAAGAGAACGUUCAGAUAACUCCGUUGCCUCCUGAACAGUGCAAAGUAAACUGUUCUACUACAAUGUUGCUUCAUUACCUGGUAUCCCAUUGCUCAGGAUUUUGUGCUUGAGACAAGCCAUAAAAAAUGGAAAAUUUCAGCACAAAGAUAGGCAAAGGCCAGGUACAACUACUGGAUUUAUAUAACUUGAGUUUUGUAUAUCACAAUUUGUCUGAAUAUCCUAGACCUAGAUUGAUUUCUUAGCAUUAGAGUAUUAUAUACUCAAAUGGUAGAAAAUGACUACUAAAUGUUCCUGAUGUUAAAUUGCUUUAUCAAGAGGGUGGACUAAAUGUUCCUAAUUGGGAAAUUGCUUUAUGAAGAGUGGGUUACAUUAAAAAAAAAAAUUAACACUUUCUACCACUGCUGCAUGAAUUUAAUGCUCUGGAUUUAGCAGAAAGUAUAAUUGAGAAAUAUGAAUUAGUGGAACUUUAUCAUGUGCCAUAUGCUUACCUGAUAAUUACUUCUCUAUUUCUCAAUUGGAUGUCUUCAAUAAAUAAGAAUUUAUCAUUUA